GUUACAGCAACAAAGGGCCUUGUAUGGAGGACAAGGACCCGUCUCUUCUUCCUACGGAUCAUUCACAGACCAUUCCUCUGCACCUCCCCGAAGAACACGAAAAAGAGAUGGAACCUUUGCUGAUGAAAGGCUGCCGGACUUCCGGUGGCGCGGGACAAGGGAAGUUGAAGCCGGCGGCGGCCUGGAGACUGGGAGAUAUCUCCGAGAUCAUUUCAGUUUGGUGCAUGAAAACAGCAAUCGCCCUCGCGUGCGUCUAUCUUGUUUUCCUUUCUUAUGUCGCGGUGACAUACACACCUAGCUGGGCGGAGAAGCUGCGGUUGUCACCACUGUUCCUUUUUGCGACAAUUGUCCUGUUGUUUGGAGCACUCAUGAUCCGAGACAAGCAAGAUGGAUGUGGGAGGAACACACAGUGUGUUCUCAUGGAAUAUCAACCUCGAUUAUAGCGUGUUCUGCUUGGAACUCUCUCUCUCUUUCUCAUUACAAGUGUACUCUCAUGGUACAAACUCAUGUUGGUAGCAGAAGGAUGUAAUAUGUAAAAGGAUGAGAAGCACCGUCCUUAUAUUUCUUUUGUGUACUCUUGUUGGUAGCAGAAGGAUGUGAUAUGUAAAAGGAUGAGAAGCACCGUCCUUAUAUUUCUUUUGUGUACUCUGGUUGUAAAAUCUUGUGUACUCACAAGAUUGUGUAACGUAUGAAUCACGACAACAAGUACGCAUAAUAAAUGGCAUAAUACUUCAA